AUGCCGAAGAUCGCUGAAAGGAACAUUAAAGUAUCCGAGGAUUUUGAAUCGCAAAAACAGUUGCACCGCCCAAUGCUUGCAAGCGUUGAGCAGCAUGUUUCAUACUAUCGAAGUGGGAGGCACGAUAACCUCCCAGGAAAUCUUACCAGCAUUUCUCACUCCAACACCGGAGAAAUGAGAACAAGUUCUACUCGAUCCAUGCAGAUGGAUUUAAACUGCGAAGGAAGCUCCGGGGUUGACCCCGUCGAGCCUUUCGCUAGGCUUGUGCACCGUGAUGGAGGGAUGGUUGACCGUCCCUCUACGACGAAGGGUGGCAAAAGGCGCGAAUCUGCUUCUACCGCCAAACGCCCCAGAACAGGGCCUCUACAGGACCCUGCGCAGACCAAUGAGGGAGAAGGCAGGGUUGCGGCGACCCUGACAGCCGCAGUGAGGCCGCAGUUGCGGCCAGAGCGACCGCGCUGUCUUUCAGACGGGUUCUCACAGGGGCGUCUGGUGAUAGACAAGCGUGAGCGUCACCGAAAGAAGGAGGGGGGUGUCACCUUCCAGGUGAUGAGGCCCACACAAGGGCCAUAG